AAACACGCCGCGUGCGUUAUCCGUGACACGUUCACUUGGCCAUGCCGUGAAUUCAAGCUGAGGGAGUGAGGCCAUGCAUGGAAGCCCUCGAAAGCUCUUAGUUGAGCAGGUUUUUCGUACGCUCUGUGUACGCUCAGCUUUAGAAUUAUCUGCAGAAUUCGAACAAGCGUGUGCGGGUUCCCUUUCAAUCGACUCCAUCGAGGUGAACUCAUGUUCCUGAGGAGAGGCCUGCGGUUCAUCACCGACAGAAUAGCAUUUCUGCGAGUGAGGCAUUACUCGGAUGUCCUCAGGGCUGGACGGAGAUUGCGAAGUAAGCGAGUGAAACUCGGAAAGCUAGAAACGAUGAAGUUGGAGAACGAUCAAUUCCGGCGUAUUCUCUCACCAGAGAUGAAGGUUGUCGAAGAGCUCUUCAAGAAAAACGGAUACCAACUCAGAAUCGCCGGAGGAGCCGUCCGAGACCUUCUCAUGGGCAUCACGCCGCACGACAUCGACUUCGCUUCGACCGCAACGCCGACGCAAAUGAAAGAAUUAUUCGAGUCUGAAGGCAUCCGGAUGAUUAACGCAAGCGGUGAGAGACACGGGACUAUCACAGCCCGCGUCAACGAUAAGGAAAACUUCGAGAUAACCACUCUACGAGUCGACACGGUCACCGACGGUCGGCACGCUGAGGUCGAGUUCACUACUGAUUGGCAGAUGGAUGCCAAUCGUCGAGAUCUCACCGUGAAUGCAAUGUUCCUGUCCUUCGAUGGAACCGUGUUCGACUACUUCAAAGGUAUCGAGCAUCUUGCCCAGAGAAAGGUUCUGUUCGUCGGCGACGCCGCAAGGAGGAUCCAAGAGGAUUAUCUCAGGAUACUCCGCUAUUUUCGUUUUUACGGACGACUGGCCGUGGACGAGAACGCUCACGAUGCUUCGACGCUAGAGGCGAUUCGUUUGAAUACGGAUGGACUCGCUUCAGUUUCUGGCGAGAGACUCUACACAGAGCUGCAGAAAAUUGUGGACGGGCGCUUCCACCAUAGCAUGAUUCGCCUCAUGGCGGAGUUGGGGGUGUUGCAAUAUCUUGGUUUCCCACGGAAUCCGAAUCUCGACGAAUUCUCAAGAGUCUGUAAACGUUGCCAGGAUUUAGAAGCACUCGCCCCCACGAAGCUCGCGGCUUUGUUACGAACGGAGGAUGAGAUCAUGCAAUUGCACGCCAGGCUGAAGCUCUCUAACUUUGAAAAGCAUCUCCUCUUAUACAUCAAUCGGUACAGGAACGCUCUCUCGAAUCUGAGCGAUGAAGAAAAGUUGAGGACGAGUCAAGCUUACCUGUACAGGAACGAUUUCAAAUUGGGCGCGCCAAAGGAUAGGCUGAGAUGGAUCAAAGAGCUCUUGAAAUACGAGGGGGAAGGCGACGUUCUCCAAAAAAUGGAAGCUUGGGAUCCACCGAAAUGUCCCGUCAGUGGAUUCGAUCUUCAGCUUUUCGGUUUCCGCAAGGGUCCACAGCUCGGCGAGGUCGUUGGUUCACUGCGUGAAAUAUGGCUGGAGAGCGACUUCACGCUUGGUAAAGAGGAGCUCCUUCAGAGAGCUCGAGUCAUCCGGGAGGAGCUCCGAUCGCGGAGGUCCCGCGAACCGAGUCCAAAGGGAUCGCCAUCACCCGACGGUGAUUGUAAUAUAAUAUCGGAGCGUGAUAAAAAAACAUAA